AAGCCAGAUUUGGUACAGAAAGAAGACCCUCCGCCCCCCCCCUCUCCUUCUCCUGGCGGCGCCCAGGCCCCGCCGCCAUGUCGACCUGCGCCUACCACUCGCCGCGCUUCUCCGAGGAUAAUGCGUGGCUCCCGCAAUGGCUUCAGCCGCAUCGGCAGCCGACGGCCGGCGAGCACCGAACAGACAGCGCCGGCGUGUCGCCGCUGCCUUGUGAGGACUGUGUGUUCAUUCUGGACCCUGCACAGGAGCAACGGAGUUGUCCGAAUGCCACGGUAAACGCUGGUGGUUACAGCGGGUUCCGUUUGCAUUUGUCAGGAGAUGAGGAUACACCUGCUGCAAGUACUCCGACAGACAGAGAGGUUCUGCCUUUCUCUCUGCACCUUUCUUCAGAAAGUGCAGCACAACUCUCCUCAGUUCAAGCCAAUGUUAGACCUCAGAUUCUAAACUCUGGUGCAUGCAAAGGACCGUUGAAGGGCUCUUAUGUUAAUGGUCAAGUACAAGAGAUCAAAGCUGUACAAGAUGCUAAAAGCAUCAAGGAUGAUAAGCAACUAGAAGUCAGUAGAGUGGCUAGCAAGGAUAUCUCCUCAGUUCAAGCCAAUGUUAGCCCACAGAUUCUAAAUUCUGGUACAUGCAAAGGACCAUUCAAGGACUCUUAUGUUGAUGGUCAAGCACAAGAGACCGAAGCUGUGCAGGAGGCUAAAGGCCUUAAGGAUGAUGCACAACAAGGAGUCCGCAGAGUGGCUAGCAAGGAUGUCACUAAACCACUUGGUGCAAGAAAACAUCAACCAUCGGGUGGAAAAGCUGAUGUUCAGAAGCUCCGUAAGGCAGAUGCUAAUGAUGCGGUUGAGCUAUCUAUUGCUGCCUCUGAGGCUAUGGUUAUCGCAGAAAUGAUACUUGAUGAUUGCCAGCCUGAUAAGUUGACUGCAUCUGCCCUCGAAGCUGCUCUGCGUGUAAAGGAAGCUCGGAGACAGUGUUUUCUUGAGGAAGUAGAACAUUAUAGUGAAUCUUUUCAAAAUGGUCUGGAUGAGAGUGAUUGGCUUGCAGAAUUGGAUGAGAUCGAAAUGCUUGACGUAUUCGAAGAUGUUGGCCUGUGUACUGUUCAAACUGCUUGUUCAUCUCAAGACCACAACACAACUAACUUGAAACAGAGCAUCACUCAGCCUAGUUAUGCCUCGCAUGAUGUAGACAUUUGUUCUUCUGAGGAGCAAAAUAAAGAAUGGCGCAGCCAAGAUGCUUGUACCAGUGACCAUGUACCUGAUUCUUUGGCAGAGAACAGUUCUGCUGGUGCGCUAGUAAAAGAAUCAAGUCCAGGAUGUGUUCCUGUAAAGCAACCAGCUCGAGAUAAAGCAUUCUCUUGCUCGAGAAAUAAGGAACCUGCUUUCCAGAAGUUGACUCAAAACAACCAUGAUUUUACUGAAAACAUGAGGAAUCCAGUAAGAGGUCAAAAUAUCACGAAGGAAGCUGGAAGAAUUGUUGAAGAGACGAAGUUUGGUGGUCGUGCAAGGAAGCAUAUAAGAACUAGCUUCAUUUCGGAGUCGAUGGAUAGCAUGAAUGAGUGCUCUCCUGCACCUAGAGCGAUAUCGGCAGAAAUGGUUGCCUCUUCAAGAGCAUCUUUUCUCCAAAAGGAUGAAGGUUUCCAUGGAGAGGAUCAAAGUGCGGAGUCAUGCCAUCAAGUAGUAUGUUCAAGCUUAUCACCUGAGGAUCCUCUCUGUUCAUUUGUUCCGUGUAGCAUAUCUUGCAAUGAAGUUUCCACUAGUCAACCUCCUGAAUGCAAACAGAGGAAUGAGGAGAAGAGUAAACCAGCAUAUCCCAAUGAAUCUCUGAAGAAUGACCUAGAUGUAGAAGCCAGUCCAUCUUCUGUGCCGUUAGAUACGGUAGCAGAAUCUAAUUCAGGGAGGCGGAGAAUACACAGUUCACUCAGGCCUUUUAGCAUGCUAGGACGACCUAUAUCAAACAUCUCGGGAGGUAGUGUGGCUCAUAAUGAUGUUAAUGUGGCAGUUUGUCAGAAUGAGAGAGGCACACCGAUAAUCUUAAAUAAGAAGAUACAGCGUAUCCAAGCCUCUAAUCAGUUCAUAGAAAACAAUGCUGAAGCUGGAAGUUUGAAUGGUUUUUCUUUGGUUCAGAAGAAAUCAUCUGAUGCUCACAAUGAUAAUGAGCAUCAUAGCAAAGAGCAAUAUAUCCCAUCAGAAGUUUUUCCUCAACCCACAACAUAUUUGAGUGUUGCUAAACGAUGCCUUAAAAGAAAAGGACCCCAAUUGUUGAAUGCUAAACCUAGUACUAGACAGACCAAGAGCAGAAGGGUUAAAUCUCGAUUCAGUUGGUCUGAAAGCAGAGUUGCUGACAUGCAGGAGCCCAGGGAAUGCACUGGCAAAAAAGAAGCCAUAUUUCAUAGACUAGAGUUUUUGGUGACUGGAUUUCAAAGUCAUAAGGAGAAAGAGAUUGUCUCUGUAAUAAGGAAAUUUGGAGGUUGUAUUCUUUCUAAAGUGCCACCCUGUCCAUUUGAUAAAAAAAGCAAGCUUGCAGAGCUUGUGAGGUGGAAGCCUCCUGUAGUUCUUUCCCCUAAAAAGGUAUCAACAGCUAAGUUCUUGUAUGGUUGUGCUACCGAUUCCUGGAUUUUAAAUUCCAAUUGGCUUUUUGAUUCUCUUCAAGCUGGUUUACUGUUGCCACCUGGAAAGUACUUAAUUCGACAAAGGCAUACAGUGGAGAUUUCAACAUUUGGCCAAUCAGUUUACCUAAGAAAUAAUAAAUUGGUAUUUCAUGGAGUAGGAUUCUUGAUCCAUGGCAAAAUCAGCUUCUGUUCAAAAUUCUCGAACAUUAUCAAGCAUGGAGGUGGCCAAGUUUUUGUAUCUCUUCAAGGAUUAAUUGAAAGCUUGGAGGAUAAGCAUUGCUCGCGUGGAAUCAUUCUUGUUGCAAAUGAGGCGAGCGCAUCACGCCAUCUAAGUCAUUGUGGGCUGGAACAUGACAUAAAAACAGCGCCAGCAAGCUGGAUCAUAGGCAGUCUGUUUUCCGGGAAGCUGAGUCCCCUGAAGAAAGACCGCUGUGCUGCGUUUCGUCGGAUUAAGAUGCCAUCAUUCAAACAACAGCGUGCAUUUGAAAUGAGCCAAGAAAUAUAGUUCUUGUCAAGGAAAGCCUGGAGCACCAUGAUGGUCCAAUCGCAAGCAGAGUUUUGAAUGGCAUGUUUCUGCCACGACUUGUAUCCACCUGUGCUGCGUGGAGGCUGAUGCCUGUGUUUUCAUCAUUUUUACAAAUAUUGGAAAGGGUCUGACGUCAAAGCACCUGUAAUGGUGAUAUGAUGUACAGGUGCCUAUAUUCGAAGAAGACCAAGGGCUAAACUACUGGGGUGAAUGACGCCAAACAUCAUUCAGGGGUGUGUUAUUUACUUUCCUGAAGAUCGUAAUGUUCACUGGAGGCUGUACACAGCUUAGAAAUCGGCAACUGAGCAGAAAUUCUGUAGUGCAUAAUAAAGUUCUUUCUUGGAUCGGUAGACUUUUCGCCUGUUCCAUUUCAUAGAAUUCUGUGGUGUAUAACAUGUGAGAACAUGCGUUUGCAGAUGGGACUAGUCCAGACUCCGGAGUAUGUAUAACAGUGGUGGAAUACUGCUCACUGCACUUACAGUCUCCCUGCCCAUAUUUUUCGAAUGUUGUCGUUGUUGCAAGUACAAUGCUAAAGAAAUAUGAACGGAAUUUCUUUCUCUUA